CUUCGAUUGAGGUCUUCAUCACAUCGGAAGAUAUGAUAAGCCGAUCUCAAAGAGUCCGCUAAUUUCAACUCAUUGAUAUCCAUACAAUAGCAAAGCCUCUGCCUUGUCUUUGUCAAAGCAGGGAUAGGUAACGGAAAGAGCAUCACACAAGGGAUUCACCGCCCUCGCCGAUAACAGAGCCAUUGUGGUCUCAAUGUGCCUUCCUAAUUACUUCGGACGGGGGUUCAAAUUUUCAUUGGUGAAUCAAAGUUUUACUGUUGACCCGCAUCCAAGGUGCGGGUCUCGCGACUGCCUUUUCGAGGAUAUAUUCCAGGCCACAAGUUGAAUUUUCUGCUACCUACCUACCUUACCUACCUCACUCACCCUCUGGAUCUGGAAGUCAAAGUCGCCCUUCCCUUUCCCGCUUCCACGAUUCAACCCAUCACUCAAACCUCUUCACAAUUAUCACCACAAAGUUCGACAGUCAUGCUGUUUGCAAUCCUUCUUUUGCUUCCCAUUCUUGGGUGCGCCGCGGAGAGGCUCUUUUUUCACCGUUCAGGUGACUGUUGGGAUGGUGCCGACACUAUCAGCUGCCGCGAUAUCCCCGCGUCCGUUUGCUGUCAGGCCUCGGAUCCUUGGUGUGGUGUUGUCCACUGCGAGGGCUGUCCCAACGGCUCCACUGUCGCUGGCUACUUCCAGAACUCGUGCCAGACCAAGGCCAACGGCCGGUGUGAAAUCACACAUCCGUUCAGUCAGGAGGGAUUACUCGGAUGCUGUGUGGACCUUGGCCCCUACGACACUUGCGCUGGCCAGUGGUACCCAUCCUCCAGCAUGGACGUGGCCACUACCUCGGAGAGGAAAUGCGUUCAGCCCAAUGUUAUGACAUACGUUGACCAUGAUCAUGGUGUCAAGAGGGAGAUCCAUAUCCCCCAGGGAGAGCUGCAGAGAGCUACGCAGCUUUUGUUGGCAAGAGACUUUGGAGGCCUGCGAGCGUUUGAAAAUUGGGCUCACCAGAGUUCUGACGAGUAGGCUCGUGUCGGAAGGGGCUUCAAGGCACUGGCGAUGGGGUGUUGAAGCUAGUAUAGUAGCUCGGAUCUAGCAAUGCAUCAGACGCAUCAGAUGUGCUUAAGCGAAGAGGUGGGCAUGAUCUUUGGGGCGGACAUUCUUCUUCCACAUUGAAGGCAGUUUGACAAUACAUUUAGCAAUUCCACGUUGAUUCUCUC